AUGAGGGCAUUGGCUCCACCGAUUCGCGUGGAUGAGAAUUACAGCAUGAAAUUGCAACCUAAUCGGCGACUCAACGCAAACUUCUUCAUCACCUUGGACUACUCCGACGAGCGAAACUGCAGACAAGUCAUCCUGGAUGAUAGGCAGAAUCACCAUCCCUGGCUGCCUAAAUCGUAUCCUUGUGCAUCAAUCUGCUAUUACGCUUCUGUCUUUCAGCUCAUCACUAUCCUCCGCCUUAACACCGGUUGGUCCCGAUUCUCGAGUGGUCUGCGCCCAGCUCGUCCGUGUGAUCCCUACCACUACGAUCAUCUUACGGAAGGGAUACUCCCACUCAACUCAUCCAUCAACGCAUUACAGAUAAACCACAUUCCACAGUUUGACAAUAAUAUGGGCCUUAACAUUCUGCUUCUCCCGAUUUCAUGCCUGCCUGCAACACACCUCACACUCCUAGUCCAUCUCCUCUCAUCUCCAGCCCUCUUCCUUCAAUUCGUCUGUCGUUACUGUUGCUGUCACUGUGCUGCUCGCAAUGCCUUCGUCACAGCCGAUAUCCUCCACUCCUGCUUCCUCCAAUCCUCCUCCUCAUUCACCUCCCUCUCCUACUUACCAAACUUGUUUGCAAAAGCAGUGGUCGUGGAGCUCCAUUCCAUAGAGAAUAGAGCACAGCUGAGCAGAGGUGGGGAGAGUUGA